AAGGGGCGGGUCAAGACUCCCGGGGCCUGGGUGGGGCGCGUCCGAAAUGCUGGUCCUGGUUAGAGGAAGUGCUGAGACGAAAGAUCGGUGGAGACAACGCUCAGCACCAACCACUUAGAAUAGUGCAGGAGCAGGGGAGGACGACAGGGGCCUAAUCUAGUUAGUACCUCUUGUGGGACCACGUGUUUGGAGAGGUCCCGCCCUCACCCUCGCUCUCUCCCCGCGGCCAGGUGUUUAAGCCCAGACUACAACUGUCAGCGUCCCAGUUCGGCAGGUGUGGGGCGUCAGAGGAUCCGCCCUAGGGCUCAUGGCGGCGCGGGUCCGCCUGGGCCGGAAACGCCCACUGCCCGUUUGCCCCAACCCGCUUUUCGUACGCUGGCUGACGGAGUGGCGGGACGAGGCAGCCAGCAGAGGGCGUCGCACACGCUUCGUGUUUCAGAAGGCGCUGCGCUCCCUCCGGCGGUACCCGCUGCCCCUGCGCAGCGGGAAGGAAGCUAAGAUCCUACAGCAUUUCGGAGACGGGCUGUGCCGGAUGUUGGACGAACGGCUGCAGCAGCACCAAGCAUCGGGCGGUGAGCGCCUGCCUUCCCCAGGUGACCGUGUCCCGGACUUACCACCUGGAGAGACGUGUCCAGCCCAGGAAGAGCCACCUGCCGAAGUCCAGGAUUCUUCCGUGCCAGUUCCUGCCCAGCCCAAAGCAGGAGGCUCUGGCAGCUACUGGCCAGCUCGGCACUCAGGAGCUCGAGCAGUACUGCUGCUGCUCUACCAGGAGCACCUGAAUCCAAAUGGCCACAACUUCUUAACCAAGGAGGAGCUGCUGCAGAGGUGUACUCAUAAGGCCCCCAAGGUAGUCCCUGGAAGUACUCGACCCUGGCCAGCCCUCCGCUCCCUCCUCCACAGGAACUUGGUCCUCAGGACACACCGGCCAGCCAGGUACUCGCUGACCCUGGAGGGUCUGGAGCUGGCCCAGAAGUUGGCCGAGUCAGAAAGCCUGAGCUUGCUGAAUGUGGGCACUAGGCCCGAGGAGCACCAUGGGGAGGAACCAGCAGUGCCAGAAGCAGCCUCUGCUCAGCUUGGCGCCAGUGAAGAGGAGUUCCAGCAGCCGCCGCUAGAGCUGGGGCCUGGAGAAUACAGGGUGCUGUUGUGCGUGGACAUCGGAGAGACCAGGGGGGCUGGGCACAGGCCAGAGCUGCUCCGAGAGCUACAGCGUCUGCACGUGACUCACACUGUGCGCAAGCUGCACGUUGGGGACUUUGUGUGGGUAGCACAGGAGACCAGGCCCAGAAACUCAGCGAGACCUGGGGAGUUAGUCCUGAACCAUAUCGUGGAGCGCAAGCGGCUGGACGACCUGUGCAGCAGCAUCAUUGAUGGCCGAUUCCGGGAGCAGAAGUUCCGGCUAAAGCGCUGUGGCCUGGAGCAUCGGAUAUACCUGGUGGAGGAGCAAGGCUCAGUUCACAACCUCAGCCUUCCUGAGAGCACACUGCUACAAGCUGUCACCAACACUCAGGUCAUCGAUGGCUUCUUUGUGAAGCGCACAGCGGACAUUAAGGAAUCAGCUGCAUACUUGGCCCUCAUGACACGGGGCCUGCAGAGACUCUACCAGGGACACACUCUACGCAGCCGCCCCUGGGGAAUCCCAGGGGACCCUGAAUCAGGUGCUGGGCCCUCCCCAAACCCUCUCUGCUCACUCCUCACCUUUGGUGACUUCAACACAGGAGCCAUGAAGAACAAGGCCCAGUCAGUGCGAGAGGUGUUUGCCCGGCAGCUAAUGCAGGUGCGUGGAGUAAGUGGGGAGAAGGCAGCAGCCCUGGUGGAUCGAUACAGCACCCCUGCCAGCCUCCUAGCUGCCUAUGAUUCCUGUGCCAGCUCCAAGGACCAGGAAACCCUGCUGAGCACCAUCAAGUGUGGGCGGCUGCAGAGAAAUCUGGGGCCCGCUCUCAGCAGGACCUUGGCCCAGCUCUACUGCAGCUGCAGCCCCCUGACCUGAGCUUAUGCCACGAGACAGACCCCAACCUGAUCUGUCCCCCCACCCCCCAGGCUAGCCAGCCUUUAACCAGGAUCUUUUGGGCUACAAUAAAAAUCUAGAUGUUUGCAGCCUUAUGUGUUAUGGAGGCAAUGCCAGGCCCCAGGGGCCUUAUAAAAUAAGCAGGAACUAGGGAAACCAUCUGGUCCAGUGGUUUUUAAACCAAGCUCCUGAGGACCUGGGGUUCCCUGGUCAGGGAGAUGGAAUCAGUGGGUCAUUACAACUUUGAAUCUACUUCAUGUAAUCAGAUAGUCCCUGAUGAAAUAAAAUUGCCUUUGAUAAGA